GGGCUGGAGGUUUUGGGCUAUGGACGGAGAAGCUCCACGGCAACAGUCCUUUGGGGAUGCAUUCUCUUUCGUGAGGCAAGGCGCGUUCUACUCCGCUCCAGCGCCUCCUCCUUCAGGAUCGGCGCCAGCAGGAGCAGCAAGUGGGGCUUCUAAUUCGCAAUCUCGAAAUGCGAUCCUUGUGAGCCGGCGUCAGCAAGGAAAUCCGGUGCUCAAGUUUAUUCGCAAUGUGAGGUGGACGUUUGACGACAUUGUUCCCGAUUAUGUCCUUGGCCAGAGCUCCUGUGCCUUGUAUCUCAGCAUCCGCUACCAUCUUCUUCACCCGGAUUACCUCUACUUUAGAAUUCGCGAGCUGCAGAAAAACUUUAGAUUGCGAGUCGUGUUGUGCUAUGUGGAUGUGGAGGAUGUCAUUAAGCCAUUGCACGAAGUGACAAAGACGGCUUUGCUCCAUGACUGUAGUCUGCUCUGUGCUUGGAGCUUGGAAGAAUGCGCUCGCUACCUGGAAACUAUAAAGAUGUACGAAAACAAGCCAGCCGAUAACAUCCAAGAAAGGACUGACCAAGACUACUUGUCCCGACUCACAAGUGCAUUGACGAGCGUAAGGCAUAUCAAUAAGACGGAUGUUGUUACACUCGGUUCAACAUUUGGGAGCAUGGCAUCAGUGAUGAGCGCUUCCAUGGAAGAUUUAGCACGCUGUCCUGGUAUCGGCGAGCGGAAGGUGAAGCGACUCUAUGAUGCAUUUCAUGAACCUUUCAGGCGUACGUCUAAACAGCUGCGUCUCAGCAGCGUGGGGAUCAAACCAAUUCAAGAGGCUCCCAAGUGAAAGUUUGCGGGGCUAGUGUGUAUGGAGAGCUACGAGGUAGAAGAGAAGAAAUUGGCGGCAGCUCACGCCUUGAUGCAUUACUCUCCAUUCGUCAUGACUUGUAUUGGAGAAAGCGUUUCUCCGAGCCAGCUUAGGAUCCAUCUUCUCAAGGAACUUUCCGGAAUGCCAUCUACCUUGA